AUGCCAAUGACCACAAUUCAAGAGGUGGAGGUUUUUGACAUGUGGGGGAUCGACUUCAUAGGGCCAUUUGUCAGCUCGUACGGUAACAAGUACAUAUUAGUAGCAGUUGACUACAUCUCCAAGUGGCUCGAAACACUGGCUCUACCGCCCAAAGAUGCGAAAGGGGUAACAGGCUUUCUAAAGAAGAACAUUUUCACAUGUUUUGGCACCCCGAGAGCUAUACUCAGUGAUGGCGGAACCCAUUUCUACAAUAGAGCAUUCGCACGGCUGUUGGAAAAGUAUGAAGUUCAUCAUAAAGUGACCACCCAGUACCACCCACAGUCGAGCGGGCAAGUUGAAGUGUCCAACAGGGAGAUUAAAAAUGUCCUUGCAAACACAGUGAAUGCAACAAGGACUGAUUGGGCAUGCCACCUUCCGGUUGAACACAAACAUAAAGCACUUUGGGCACUGCGGCAGUUGAACUUGGACAUGGAGACAGCAGGCACUAACAGAGUCACUGGGUUACAUGAGCUAGAGGAAUUCAGGAAUAGACGCAACACAGGGUCCUCCACUAGCGGACCGGGCAGCUCUUUAAGAGCUAGGGGUCAAGCUAGUACGACACAGUUUGAGCGCACUAGGUUUGUCUCCAAACUGGAGCAGGAAAUGGCUGGUCUCCACACUUCUGUCACGGACAUGGGCACCCGAGUUGAUACUCUGGCCACUCAACAGGCCUAG